AUGCCGAAUGAGAGUUCAUGUCCCGGUUGCCACGUUGUUUCAAUCUCGACUUCUCAACCAGUAUGGCUUGCGAGACCCGUUUAUGGACUCGCCGCACCGCUUAUCAUAUUGGUGACCCUUGUCACGAACACGCUUGUCGUAGUAGUCCUCUCUCAUCGCCAUCUCCGAACUCCCACAAAUCAUAUUUUACUCUCAAUGGCUGUCACUGAACUCAUGACAGGUCUUUCCUCUUGUCCAUGGUUCUUGUACUACUACACAUUUGGCGGUUAUCGAACUGAUGAAACGGAAGGAUUGAACGAAUUUUGGUGCCGCUUUCAUCCGUAUUUCGCCGUUCAUCUACCCACAAUCUUUCACACAGCAGCCAUUUGGCUUACGGUUUUCUUGGCGAUUCAACGAUAUGUUUAUGUUUGCCUUCCAUCAUUGGCCGUCAAACAUUGUACACCGAAAAGAACCUGGCAUAUCAUCAUUUUGAUCGUAUUUCUUGCAAUGGUCACAGAAAUCCCGAUUAUGUUAUCCGAAAGAAACGAGUUGGAAACGGAAGAAGAUCAAACGCGAAAGAUCUGCUACUCCAAAUACGUUUACAAGUCGAUUCCAUUGGAUACUUUCAAAGCAGUUGUUUUGUGUGGAAGAGCUCUUUUUGUUCAUAUUGUCCCCUGUUUAUUGUUGAUUCUCUUCACCGGAUGUCUAUUUCGAACGAUCAAUGAAGCUGAUCGAAAGAGAAGUGUUCACGCUAUUUCACUCAAAAAGCCGGCUAAGACUUCAUGCGUUUCUUCAAAUCGUCUCAUGGCUGCAACAACUCGAAUGUUGUUAGUGGUGAUCGCUAUCUUUCUUCUCAUCGAAAUCCCCGUCGCUCUCAUUUUCGUCUUCCAUUUUCUCGUUGUUUACUAUAGAGUGAUCACUGCCGCCGAUUACAAUAUUGUGAACACACUUCUCAUUAUGAGAAAUUUCCUGAUAAUUCUCACCUAUCCGCUCAAUUUUGCCAUUUACUUUGGAAUGAGCUCGUCGUUCAAGCUGCAAUUCCGACAAAUGUUUACAAGAAAGGUUUUAUAUGUGGCUUCUCCAAAUACGGGUCCUGGAUGGCGGCCGAGAUUUUCGGUUCAAUUGAUUGAUAUUCACAAAAUUCGACGCCCAUCGCAGUUUUUGUUUCCAAGAAAGAGUGUAAACGAGAGCGGUCAACCACUUAACAAUAAUCAUCUCGAUAUCCCCACAAAUCUUGACGCAUUUUUA